CCAGUCUUUGUAACGGAGACUCUCGUCCUCUUCUCGUCUUCUCUUCUCCUGACUAGUCGCUACUAGUAAGCAAAUGUUCCCUUCUACUACUUACGCUUCAGUUUUUCUUGUUUUGAUCCUGUGUUUUAAUGGAGUAAGCCCAUCCUCCACGCCUACUAAGAUUGGAGAGGGCUAUCGUCUCAUCUCUAUUGAAGAGACUCGUGAUGGAGGCAUUUUGGGCCACCUCCAAGUCAAGCAGAAGAACAAUAUCUACGGCCCUGAUAUCCCCCUCUUGCAGCUCUUUGUCAAGCAUGAAACGCAGGAUCGUUUAAGGAUUCACAUCACUGAUGCAGAGAAGAGCAGGUGGGAAGUUCCGUACAAUCUAUUGCCCAGAGAGCAACCGCCGGUAUUGAAGCAAACAAUUGGGAGAUCGAGAAAGAAUCCAAUAACAGUUCAGGAAUUCUCAGGCUCUGAGCUUAUCUUUAGCUACAAAGCGGACCCAUUUAGUUUUGCAGUUAAGAGAAAAUCAAAUGGGCAGACCCUUUUCAAUACGAGCUCCGAUAAUUGCGACCCAUUUGGCGAAAUGGUCUUCAAAGACCAAUAUCUGGAGAUAUCCACAAAAUUGCCCAAAGAUGCUUCACUUUACGGUCUCGGAGAGAACACGCAGCCACACGGAAUCAAACUGUACCCUGGAGAUCCAUAUACUCUGUAUACUACUGAUAUCUCAGCCAUUAAUCUUAAUGCUGAUUUGUAUGGGUCUCAUCCGGUGUACAUGGAUCUUAGGAACGUGAACGGGCAGCCCUCUGCUCAUUCGGUUCUUCUUCUCAACAGUAAUGGCAUGGAUGUGUUCUACAGAGGAACUUCCCUCACAUACAAGAUUAUUGGGGGUGUUUUCGAUUUUUACUUCUUUUCUGGACCCUCUCCUUUGGCCGUUGUCGACCAGUACACAACGUUAAUCGGUAGACCUGCUCCAAUGCCUUACUGGGCUCUUGCAACUAGGGGACCCAGAGGAGCACCGUUGAUCCAUCGUUGCACUUCAUGCUGUCCAAAAUUUUAUCUUCCCUACAUGAGGUGGAAAUUAAUCAAUCAAUCCUUAAUUGCUAUCACUAUGCAUUGAUAAGUACUGACCCGGGCCCAUGAACAUUGCCACGGUCAUUACUCGCAUAGGUCCCACAUGACGCUAAUAGUAUAUUGGCAUUUUCUUAGGCCUCCAUAGUCUAUAUCAUAUGAUCCUUUGCUUUGAAUCUAUGGCUGCCAUGUACCAUAAGAGAGGGACUAACCUUAGGUUGUGAGGAAUGUAUAUCGUUCUAUUGUGUUCCCUUGCCCUAAUAGCAAUUGUCAUGUCGGUGGAUGAAUGAAACAUGAGGCAAAUAUCCAUGUUGGAUUACAAGACGUACGUAAUAAAUCCAAAUUCCCCA